UGUUACUCUGUGCACCUGUCAUACAAACCUUCAGCCCUCAGCUCUGUUACUCUGGGCAUCUGUCAUACAAACCUUCAGCCCUCAGCUCUGUUACUCUGGGCACCUGUCAUACAAUGCAAUCCUUUAUUUGCUGUAUGGUGCUAACUUGAAUGUCUAAGUUCAAUAGUCACGUAGACAACUUGCUGCCAUAACAGACAAUACUAUCUUACAGUAGGCCUGCCGGUUGCUGCUGAUGGUCUGUUUCUGAACUUUUGUAUUUGGUUGGUGCUAUUCAGGGCCCUUGUGCACAGGAGCUGGAGAAGGUGAUGGAGGAGAUCUCCAAGAUGAGCUUCCAUGAUAACAGGGGACAUGUUGAUAAUCUGUACCAACUCAAAUUCCCCAACUGUGAAAAGAUAGGCCAGUACAAUCUCAAACAGUGCCACAUGUCCACCCACGGUCAGCGGGGAGAGUGCUGGUGUGUUAACCCCUUCACGGGUGUCCAGAUCGCCCAGUCCACCAAGGUGCGGGGGGACCCCAACUGCAGCCAAUAUGUGGAGGAGCAGGAGAUGGAGACUGGAACACAGUCCACUGCCGUCCUGCAGAUGGCAGAGAUAUAACAGCACUUCACUCACACACAGAUACCCCCCCCCCCACCCACCCACAGUGGAACGGUCCAAAUUGACUGACAGCUGACAUAGUUGUCAUGUGCAUGGGUUUCUUUCAAUGUAGCUGUUACCUGUCCCUUGCCCACUAAGAUGCAAAAGAAAGAUAAACUCGCCAAAGGUGCUUUAACAAAGUACUGAGUAAAGGGUCUGAAUGAUUAUGUAAAUGUGAUAUUUCAGUUAGUUAUUUUUGAUACAUUAACUAAAAAUUCUAAAAAACUGUU